AGCUGCUGUCAAAAUCCGCAAAUCAGGCAGCUGUUGUCUGAAAUUCAUGCUUUUUAAAAUAUUCAUUCCUUUGCAAUUAUUCGAAUAGAUUAAACGUCCGUUCGUGUAACUCGGUUUGGUGUACAAUUUUUUUUUUUUUGCUCGCCUACUGUCUCACACAAGUGCGUUUUUGUGUUUUCGAGUAACUUCUCAUUGCUGCCGGUAAAACAAAUUGUUGUGCGAAUUUACUUGACCUUGCCAAUUUUACGGAAGUACAAUUAGCAAUAUGCCGAAAAUUCAGAAGCCUGCUCCCCAUUUCAAGGGAACCGCCGUCAUCAAUGGCACAUUCAAAGACAUUGAUUUGACUGACUACAAGGGCAAGUACCUGGUGUUGUUCUUCUACCCAUUGGAUUUCACUUUUGUGUGCCCAACUGAAAUUAUUGCGUUUUCGGAUCGCGUAUCUGAAUUCCGCAAUAUUGGCUGUGAAGUUAUUGGUUGCUCAACAGACAGUCAUUUCACGCAUUUAGCUUGGAUUAAUACGCCGCGCAAACAGGGCGGUCUCGGUGAUUUGUCUAUCCCAUUGUUGGCUGACAAAUCCAUGAAGAUUGCAACUGACUACGAAGUGUUGGAUGAAGAAACCGGCAUUCCUUUCCGUGGUCUCUUCAUCAUUGACAGAAGCCAGAAUAUACGCCAAAUGACCAUCAACGAUUUGCCAGUCGGUCGCAGUGUCGAUGAAACUCUACGUUUGGUGCAGGCAUUCCAAUUCACCGAUGAGCAUGGUGAGGUAUGCCCAGCCAACUGGAAGCCCGGUGAGAAGACCAUGAUUGCUGAUCCCAAGAAGUCCAAGGAAUACUUUGCACUUGCUUCUUAAGCAUAUCGUAACUUACUUCAAAGCAGCUGUAAAGUGAAUUGCUCAAAAGAACUAGAUCAGUUGUUGUAUCCGUAACGACGCUGGAAGUUGUACGUUACAAGAGUAUAAAAAAAUAACUUAUUUGGUUCAAAUCAAUGUUGCAAAUUAUAAGAGAUCAGCAUAAAAAAACAAACAUACAUAUACAUACAUAUAACCAACAAUUGCACUCAAAGUGCGCUAUAAUGAGGCCCAUUUUUUUCUAUUAGCUCGUAGUUCUAAAUAUAUAUAUAUAUAUACGUAUAUCUAACAAGUUGUAGAUUUGUACACAUUUCGUUUUGUAUUCAGAUAACUAAUGCUGAAUUUAAUGUUCAUUUGAAAUUCAAUUAAUGUAUGUAGCUGGAGAGCAUUUAUUACAGAAGUAAAAAUGGAAAAUCAUUUUGCUCUCUGCUAUUUCACAACAAAUACAAUUCCGCAGCAAUAAAAAAUUAAAAAAAAAUCUA